AUGGUGUUAUAUUUCACGUCGGCAGUCAUUGAUCCUCCAGCUAUGGUAUAUAUGGGAAAGGAUAAGUACGAAAAUGAAGAGCUAAUCAAAUACGGGUGGGACGAAGACUUCCACGUCGACAAACUCUCAAGUGCUCACGUAUACCUUCGCCUUCAACCCGAUCAGACUUGGGAUGCGAUAUCAAGUGAACUGUUGAAUGACCUCGCACAAUUGGUGAAGGCCAACAGUAUAGAGGGGAAUAAAAAGAACAAUAUAACUGUUGUGUAUACGCCUUGGCACAAUUUAAAAAAAACGGCAGAUAUGGAAAUCGGACAGGUUAGGCGCAUAAACAUCGCAAGCAGAGAAAAUAAAAUUAUAAAUCGGUUAGAGAAAACGAAAAAGGAGUUAUACCCUGAUCUGCUUGCCGAAAGAGAGGCUCACGAUAAAGAACUUCGAAGAAUUGCAAGAGCCGAAGGAAUGGCAAAGGCCAAAGAAGAGCUCCGAAAAAGACAACAGCUCCGUGAAGAAGCAGCCAAGAAAUCAUAUGAUUCGCUCUUCGAUGAAUCUAACAUGAGAAGUAAUCAAGUUUACGAAGAAAAUGCGCAGGAUCUUGAGGAUGACUUCAUGUGA